CCAGGGCGAGGAGGGUUUCGGCUGCUUCUGGCGCGCGCAAGGGUGCGCGCGCCUCUCGAGGACCACUCCCUCCGCCUCGCGCGAGUAGCCGCGGCGGCUGGCAACCCCUCCCGCGCACGCGCGUUUGGCCACCCCAUUCCUCUGCCCGGUCGCGCGUCGCCUCGCGCUCUGUCUCGAGCCGCAGCCACCGCACUAGCGGCAUUUCUUGGGGGCGCACGCGCACUGCGCCCUCCGCACCCGUUCCCUGGACGCGGCUGAUGCGGUGACAGUGAGUCCCUCGGGCGCGCACGCGCUCUCGCUUCUCCCCUGCCACGCGCCGGUUAUCCCCUCGCGGCGCGCCCUCAGGGGCCGUUAUCCCCCUGCAACGGUCCCCGCGCCACGCACGCGCAGCAGUGAGGGGGAGCGCGCGCGGGAGCUGCGGCCGCAGGAAGGAGGCGCCGCCGCCGCCAUUGCGAAGGAGGGAGGGAAGGAGUGAGCAAGGCUGGUCCGCCCUCCCCCUGGUUCCCGCCCCUCCCCCCUUCCCCUCCCCGCCCCCCGCCCCGAGGGAGAGCCGCGGAGCGGCGGGAGGAGGAGGUGGAGGAGGCGGAGGAGGGAGCCCGCGAGGGAGGGUCCGCCCGGCCCCCCGCCGCCGGAGCUGCCGCCGCCGCCUCAGCUGCCGCUGAACGAGGAGCAGCAGAACAUGGCGCCGGGGCCGCCGUCGCCGUUGCCGGGAUCCCGGAGGCCAGGGCCGCGCUGAGGGCGCCCAGCUGGAAGAAAUGUUGGCUAUUUGGCGAUGAGAAGUGGCAAAAACUAACGUCGUACUGGUAUACGAGCACGAUGAGAUCUGACACUUUCGCUUCGUGGGCAGCCGGCCCCCACUGGUAAUGUGGGGAAGCCACUGGGUCCGCUGGACAACACUACUCUGAUCUUGGAAGUAGCUGAUUGUGGCAGGAUGUGUCGACGAUGAUGAUGGCAAGAAAGCAAGAUGUCCGCAUUCCCACCUACAACAUCGGUGUGGUGGGAUUGUCUGGGACGGAGAAGGAGAAGGGCCAGUGCGGCAUUGGGAAGUCGUGCUUGUGCAACCGCUUUGUGCGCCCGAGUGCUGACGAGUUCCACUUGGACCAUACCUCUGUCCUCAGCACCAGCGACUUUGGUGGGCGAGUGGUCAAUAAUGACCACUUUCUCUACUGGGGAGAAGUUAGCCGCUCCCUGGAGGACUGUGUGGAAUGUAAGAUGCACGUUGUGGAGCAGACUGAAUUCAUUGACGAUCAGACUUUUCAACCUCACCGGAGCACGGCCCUGCAGCCCUAUAUCAAGAGAGCUGCUGCAACCAAGCUCGCAUCAGCUGAAAAACUCAUGUACUUUUGCACUGACCAGCUGGGGCUGGAGCAGGACUUUGAGCAGAAACAAAUGCCAGAUGGAAAGCUGCUAAUUGAUGGUUUUCUUCUUGGUAUUGAUGUUAGCAGGGGCAUGAAUAGGAACUUUGAUGACCAGCUCAAGUUUGUCUCUAAUCUCUACAAUCAGCUUGCAAAAACAAAAAAGCCCAUAGUGGUGGUCCUGACUAAGUGUGAUGAGGGUGUUGAGCGGUACAUUAGAGAUGCACAUACUUUUGCCUUAAGCAAAAAGAACCUGCAGGUUGUGGAGACCUCAGCAAGGUCCAAUGUAAAUGUGGACUUAGCUUUCAGCACCUUGGUGCAACUCAUUGAUAAAAGUCGGGGAAAGACGAAAAUCAUUCCUUAUUUUGAAGCUCUCAAGCAGCAGAGUCAGCAGAUAGCUACAGCAAAAGACAAGUAUGAGUGGCUGGUGAGUCGCAUUGUGAAAAACCACAAUGAGAAUUGGUUGAGUGUCAGCCGAAAGAUGCAGGCCUCUCCUGAGUACCAGGACUAUGUCUACCUGGAAGGGACUCAGAAAGCCAAGAAGCUAUUUCUCCAGCACAUCCAUCGCCUCAAGCAUGAGCAUAUUGAGCGCAGGAGGAAGCUGUACCUGGCAGCCCUCCCACUAGCUUUUGAAGCUCUUAUACCCAAUCUGGAUGAAAUAGACCACCUAAGCUGCAUAAAAGCCAAAAAGCUCUUGGAGACCAAGCCAGAAUUCUUGAAGUGGUUUGUUGUGCUUGAAGAGACACCGUGGGAUGCCACCAGCCACAUUGACAACAUCGAAAACGAGCGGAUUCCCUUUGACUUGAUGGAUACCGUCCCUGCGGAGCAGCUGUACGAGGCCCACUUAGAGAAGCUGCGGAACGAGAGGAAAAGAGCGGAGAUGAGAAGGGCGUUCAAAGAGAACCUGGAGACCUCUCCUUUCAUAACUCCUGGAAAGCCUUGGGAAGAGGCCCGCAGUUUUAUUAUGAAUGAAGAUUUCUAUCAGUGGCUAGAAGAAUCUGUAUACAUGGAUAUUUAUGGCAAACACCAAAAGCAAAUUAUAGACAAAGCAAAGGAAGAGUUUCAGGAGCUGCUUUUGGAAUAUUCGGAAUUGUUUUAUGAGCUGGAGCUGGAUGCUAAGCCCAGCAAGGAGAAGAUGGGUGUCAUUCAGGAUGUUCUGGGGGAGGAACAGCGAUUUAAGGCAUUACAGAAGCUCCAGGCGGAGCGUGAUGCCCUUAUUCUGAAGCACAUUCAUUUUGUGUACCACCCGACAAAGGAGACGUGCCCUAGCUGCCCCGCCUGUGUGGAUGCCAAGAUCGAGCACUUGAUUAGUUCUCGGUUCAUCCGACCAUCUGACCGGAAUCAGAAAAAUUCACUUUCUGACCCCAACAUUGAUAGAAUCAACUUGGUGAUCUUGGGCAAGGAUGGCCUUGCACGAGAGUUGGCCAAUGAGAUUCGAGCUCUUUGUACAAAUGAUGAUAAGUAUGUAAUAGAUGGUAAAAUGUAUGAGCUCUCCCUGAGGCCAAUAGAAGGGAAUGUCAGGCUUCCUGUGAACUCUUUCCAAACACCAACAUUUCAGCCCCAUGGUUGUCUCUGCCUUUACAAUUCAAAAGAGUCUCUAUCCUAUGUGGUGGAGAGUAUAGAGAAGAGCAGAGAGUCCACACUUGGCAGGCGAGAUAAUCAUUUAGUCCAUCUCCCCCUGACCUUAAUUUUGGUUAACAAAAGAGGAGACACCAGUGGAGAGACCCUGCAUAGCUUAAUACAGCAAGGUCAGCAGAUUGCCAGCAAACUUCAGUGUGUCUUUCUCGACCCUGCUUCCGCUGGCAUUGGUUACGGACGCAACAUUAACGAAAAGCAAAUCAGUCAAGUUUUGAAAGGACUCCUGGACUCCAAGCGUAACUUAAACCUGGUCAGUUCUACUGCUAGCAUCAAAGAUCUGGCUGAUGUUGACCUGCGAAUUGUCAUGUGUCUGAUGUGUGGAGAUCCUUUUAGUGCAGAUGACAUACUCUUUCCUGUCCUUCAGUCCCAAACCUGUAAGUCUUCCCAUUGCGGAAGCAACAACUCUGUUUUACUUGAACUACCAAUCGGACUACACAAGAAGCGCAUUGAACUGUCUCUUCUUUCAUACCAUUCCUCAUUUAGCAUCAGAAAAAGCCGAUUGGUCCAUGGGUACAUUGUUUUUUAUUCAGCCAAACGUAAGGCCUCCUUGGCUAUGUUACGUGCCUUUCUUUGUGAAGUGCAGGAUAUUAUCCCCAUCCAGCUGGUUGCACUCACUGACGGCGCUGUAGAUGUCCUGGAUAAUGACUUAAGUCGGGAACAGCUGACUGAGGGGGAGGAGAUUGCUCAAGAAAUUGACGGAAGGUUCACGAGUAUCCCCUGUAGCCAACCCCAGCAUAAACUUGAGAUCUUCCACCCAUUUUUUAAAGAUGUGGUGGACAAAAAGAACAUAAUCGAGGCUACUCAUAUGUACGACAAUGCUGCCGAGGCCUGCAGCACCACAGAAGAGGUGUUUAACUCCCCCCGGGCAGGCUCUCCGCUUUGCAACUCAAACCUGCAGGAUUCUGAAGAAGAUAUCGAGCCCCCUUCUUACAGCCUGUUUCGAGAAGACACAUCACUGCCCUCUCUGUCCAAAGACCAUUCUAAGCUCUCUAUGGAACUGGAGGGAAAUGAUGGGCUGUCUUUCAUCAUGAGCAAUUUUGAGAGUAAACUGAACAACAAAGUACCUCCGCCAGUCAAACCAAAGCCUCCUGUCCAUUUUGACAUUACAAAGGGGGAUCUGUCUUAUGUAGACCAAGGCCAUAGAGACGGGCAGAGGAAGUCUGUGUCUUCUAGCACCUGGCUACCUCCAGAUGGGUUCGAUCCUUCUGAUUAUGCCGAACCCAUGGAUGCUGUGGUCAAGCCAAGGAACGAAGAAGAAAACAUAUACUCAGUGCCCCACGACAGCACCCAAGGCAAAAUCAUCACCAUUCGGAAUAUCAACAAAGCCCAGUCCAAUGGCAGUGGGAACGGUUCCGACAGCGAAAUGGACACUAGUUCUCUAGAGCGAGGACGCAAGGUAUCCAUCGUGAGCAAGCCAGUGCUGUACAGGACGAGAUGCAGCCGGCUGGGGAGAUUUGCUAGUUAUCGAACCAGCUUCACCGUGGGGAGCGACGAUGAGCUUGGGCCCAUCCGAAAAAAAGAGGAGGAUCAGGCAUCCCAGGGCUAUAAAGGGGACAGUGCCGUCAUUCCAUAUGAGGCAGAUGAAGACCCAAGGAGGAGGAAUAUUCUUCGCAGCCUAAGAAGGAACACUAAGAAACCAAAGCCCAAACCCCGGCCAUCCAUCACAAAGGCGACCUGGGAGAGUAACUAUUUUGGGGUGCCCUUAACAACCGUGGUGACUCCGGAGAAACCGAUUCCUGUAUUUAUUGAGCGAUGUAUUGAGUACAUUGAGGCCACAGGAUUGAGCACUGAAGGCAUCUACCGGGUCAGCGGGAACAAGUCAGAGAUGGAGAGUCUGCAAAGACAGUUUGAUCAAGAUCACAGCCUGGAUUUGGCAGAGAAGGACUUUACAGUGAACACUGUGGCAGGGGCCAUGAAGAGCUUUUUCUCAGAACUGCCAGACCCCCUGGUCCCAUACAACAUGCAGAUCGAUCUGGUGGAGGCACACAAAAUCAACGACCGGGAGCAGAAAUUACACGCCCUUAAGGAGGUGCUCAAGAAAUUCCCGAAGGAGAACCAUGAGGUCUUCAAAUAUGUCAUCUCUCACCUGAACAAAGUCAGCCACAACAACAAGGUGAAUCUCAUGACCAGUGAGAACCUGUCCAUCUGCUUCUGGCCCACCUUGAUGAGACCUGACUUCAGCACCAUGGACGCCCUCACGGCCACACGGACCUACCAGACAAUCAUCGAGCUCUUCAUCCAGCAGUGCCCCUUCUUCUUCCACAACCGGCCCAUCAGCGAGCCUCCCGGCGCCACGCCCAGCUCCCCCUCUGCCCUGGCUUCCACCGUUCCCUUCCUCACCUCCACACCUGUCACAAGUCAGCCGUCACCGCCCCAGUCACCUCCGCCCACCCCCCAGUCCCCGAUGCAGCCACUGCUCCCCUCCCAGCUUCAAGCCGAACACACGCUGUGAGCCCCCGAGGCCCAGGGCGAAAGGAGACACGGUCUUCUGUGUUUGAUGGGGUGGCGUUUGGCCUUGAACAAAACCGGGUCUACUGGGGCGGGGGUGGGGAGGGUGUCCCCUCUCUCCUCUCACCUUCUGGAGAUCUCAGCGGUAGCACCACCAGCCAACAGUCUGCCAGAGGCUGGGCCGUCCAGUGCCCUGAGCCCAGCGCUGCAGACCUGGGGCUGGCUGCAGGCCACAGCCGGGGCCCUGCCCUUUGACUUGGACCCUUUUGAGGACUGAACUAGCCAGGCAGCGGCCCUGUGGCCGUCCACACGCUCACUGCUCCCGGGACCCUCUCCCCAACCUGUCUGUGCACACCACCCUCAGGGCGUCCGCCCACUGGACAGAGCACACGGGCUUUGGCCAGGGGAGGAGGAGAUUUGGGGCUUCGGGCUGCCCCAAGGCUGGGCCGGCAGCCCCUAAAGAGAACACUUCCCGUCUGCUGCCACUUCCCACCUCCCGUGUCUGCACCCCACCCCCGUUGCCCGUGCAGCCUGUCUAGCAGCCUCCUUGGGAACAUGUAGGCCGCGGCUCUGCCACCUCGAGGUACAGUGCUGAGGGCGUUUGCCCUCAGAACAGAUCAGAACAGAGGGAGGGUAGCUUCGUGCCUGGACCGAGAGAGAGUGUCGCCGCUUCCACCCCCCACGCACCCCCUCCUCGUUUCACAGGCUUUGGGGAUACGUUCCCUUUAAAACAAAGGAACAUGAAGAAAAAUGGGAAGACCCCCUCCAAUGAUUUUUAAAAAGAAAAGGAAGAAAACUACAGACGUCGAGAUUUAGCUCUCUCCCCACCUCUGCCAAGAGGCAGACAGGUGGACACGGACCCCUCCCUGUCUUGGUGACAGCAGAGCGGGGGUGCCUGCCCGGGGGUGGUUGCCCGAGAGCCUGUUGGGGUCCCACUUACGUCCUGUCACUAGAUGCCCCCCACCACCCCAAGAAGACGGUUUGAGCCCUUGGUGGGAAGAGCUAGGGAGACCAGCCUAGGUACUGGUCUGCCUUGGAACACACUACAAUGCUACAGAAACGCUGCUGCUGCCUGCGUGCGUGCGUGCA